AUGAAGUUCUCCAACACCAUCUUUGCCGCUGCUGGCCUUUUCCUGGUCCAGCCUUUCUUCUCAGAUGUGGCUCUUGCUCAAGGAACUCCAGAUGACCUCCCCCCUGCCUUGGAGACUUGGUGUGACCAAUACCACGGACGUGACUAUGGUGUGUGCAAUGCCUAUUGUGAAGCCCAGGACUGUGAAGGGCCCAAUGCUGACAAAAACUCCUGUGAUGGGUUGCGUGAAAAGUUCCUUCAGUCGACAGGAGAAACCAGGUUCCCCUGUGAAGUAUCCCGUUGCCCUUGUUGGGACAGCAUUGAAGACAUCUCUGGUGGUACCAGCUUUGCUGGUGAUGUCUAUAGUACUCUUGUUGGGUACUAUAGCGUGAAUUUUGAUGUUGGUUCAGCCGCAAUCGUUCUAAAUAUUUGCCUCGGAUACAAUGAUGAUGGAUCUUUUUCCCUUACAGGUUUGGAAGAAGCAGAUAUUGUUGCUUGCACUAACGAUAUUUUGACUUAUGCCGCAGCCAACAGUGGAGUUGGGAACAAUAUCAAAUCUUCCUGUACUCCCUACCCAGCACCUACCACCACUUGUCCCUGCUGGGAUGGAUCUGACACCAGUGGCUCCUUUCCCAUCUUUCCAGGCCUCGAUGGUCGCACCAUCUGGUUUAGUGAGUUUAGAAAGGCCAGCUCUGACAUUUCGGCCGGUGUUUGGUUGAAAAAUGGAACUAGUACCAGCAGCUAUAAUACGGGUACUGCUGGUCCGGGCAAUUAUAUUUGCAUCGGCUAUGAUGGCAACAGUUAUAAACAGAUUGCCUCUGAGGAAUUUGAAGCUUGUUACAACGAUUUGUUGUCUUGGUCUGCCUACUUUGGCGAGAAUGAGUGCCAUGCUUUCUUUUGA